AUGUAUCUUCUCUUUGCGAAAAUCUUUCUACCAAUCCACUACUCAGAAAAAUAACAUUAAUUCCAAGAAACUUAGAAAAUUAAUCUUAGUAAAAUGCUUGUAAAUUAGAUAUAUUAGAAUCUGCUGCAUAUUAAAGACAUUCGAGCAUUCUCUCCUUUUUAGCUUACAAAAAUAAAUUAGCUAAGUAUUUAAUUGGAGACACAUUUGAUAUCUUUAACGAUUUAUGUGAUGAUUGAAAAUAAUAAAAUCAAUCAUCGAUAAUGUCUGCCUAAUGAUCUUUAAGGUUCAAUCUAGCAUUACAUUAAUAACUAUUUAUAUAAUUAUUUAAAACUUAAUAAAGUUUCCAAAAAAUUAACAAUAAAUCCUUUUGAUUCAUCAAUCAAUAUAAAUUUGGAAAUUAAUUUAAAAAGUAAAUUAAACCUAAACAAACUUCUCACCAACUAAUAAUAAAAAUGUCAAUCUUUAAAGGGUCUUUCUUUUCUUAAUCUUAUAUAAUCACAAAAAUUACUAUAUACAUAAUUAAUCUCAUCUUCUUAAUUAUUAAUAUUAUUUAUCUGUCUUAACUAAAUCUUUUAUAAGUCUCUAUAUCUUUCUGUCUUUAUUCAUUCGUAUAUAAAUUUCAUUAUUCAUGAUAAAUCAGAUUCAAAAUUUUAUUUGCUUGAAUUAUUUAAAUUCACUUAAUUUAUAUUUCAUUUUUUCAAUGCUUUCUAAAAUAUUUGCAAAUUUUAUAAACUAGUGUCAGUAACAAUAAUAUUCAAUGAUUUAUAGCUCUAAGUAAGUUUAAAUGAGUAAAUUAAAAUUAGAUAUCAAAAAACUAAAGCUUUUAUUUUCAAAAUAGCAAUUUAAUCUGUAACUAAAUUUUUAUUUUAUUUUUUUUCUAACACCAAAUAAAAAUAUUGA